AUGAAUACACUUACCGCAUCUACCGCCGCCGUCUUUACCGCCGCCGUCCCACUUCUCAUCUCGCGUCUCAUCAUGACGCAACCAGUCAACAUCAAGAACUGGAGUCCCUUCAAGAUCGACGCGCUCGGUAUCGUAACGCUCCUGGGCGCCGACGCGGUCCGCAAGUCCCUUGGCCGCCUCGUCUACUCACCUUUCGAAUAUUAUCCUCUCCUCGCUGGUCACAUCUUCGCCGAUAACUCAGUCAUGGAACCGAUUCCAGGCUUUGAACUAUACAACAUCACCGAAGGCAUUAAGGCAACCGAUCUAAGCGCUUGGUUUACACGCUGGCUGUCGUGUCAGAAGCUGUCGUACAACUCUACGCGGCUUGAGAUUCAAUCUGAUCAUCGUGUUCCUAGACCUCAGACUGAACAGUGGUUUGGAUUUUGGUUAGCUUUCUUAGUGAACGCUUUUCUGGUCAUCUGGCCGAUGCGAAUAAAAGACUGGUAUGGUCUCGCUGCUUCUCUCAGUCUCGUCGCUCUGGUUUAUGUUCGAGCCUGCAUUCUCUUCGACUUCCGCGGUAGCAUCGACGAAGCUAUCAAGCAGUUGGACAAUCAGGCGACAAAGAAGGGUGAGGUCAAGCUCUUCAUUACCUUGCCAAACGGUAAGCGUCUGACUGUCAUUACCACGACUGGCAUCGCGCAAGAUGUUCUGCUCACGGAAGCUCGCCCAGCCUCCGAGAAACUCCACUUGGUCAGCCGUGUUAUCUGCUGGCUAGCUUUCGGUGUCCACGCUGUCACGCUAGGCAUGGCCUGCCUUGCUGUCCAACUCUUCAUCAUCACUGUCACACUAGCCUCAUCUGUCGCGAUGAUACAGGGCUGGCUAUCCGACGGAUCAAACAGUGAUGAAACCUGCAUUGGUAACCGUCUGUCCAUUACCCAGAGCCACGACGGGAGCGCUGGUAGCAACGCUAGCCAGUAUGUAUGUCUUGAGAUGACCAAAGCGGAGGAGCAGAACAUGGUCGCGUGGUCUUUCUUCCCGACACAGCACAACAAGCUUUGGCUACCGACGUAUGAGAAGUUCAAGGAGGACUUCAAGGCGACACGUGAUCCCAAGAUAUUGGGAUCGUGGAAGAAGCGUAUGCAACUAGCGCAUGCGAACGCCAAUGCUGGGCAGCAAAUACAGUAA